UACAAGUCCAGUUGUCCGAUGAGAUCGUCUUCAGUUUCGUCAGCUCCGAAGGCUUGUUAUGGGUGUGGCCAGCAGGGUCACUUGAUUCGUGAUUGUCCGAGUCAGAGAGCAGGCAACAUUAGUGGCAGAGGGUCACAGCAGAGGCCGUCACAAUCGGCUACAGUUCAGUCAGGUUUCAGACCACCACCACAGCCUACUAUGUCUUCACAGGGUUCACGAUCAGUUAGGAGGGAUACUCCUACUAUGUCAGUGCAGCAGUCAGGUGUUCAGGUUGGCAGUCCUCAGGCACAGGUACCACAGGGACGUGUUUUUGCACUGGCACAGACUGAUGCAUCUUCUGGACCGUCAGUCCUUCGAGGUCUUGGAAAAGAACCGGUGAACGACAACCCACCUCAAGCUUAAGCGAUACUAGAAGCUCACUUUUGUGUCUUUUGUAUAUUUCCCAUUAUUUUUGCAAAGCACUAAAAGUAUAAAGGUAUAUAUGUAUAUUUUGCAAAACUUUGUCAUGUAACCUUGUUGAUGAAUGGGAAGGAUAAUUUUAGUUAAAGUAAUUAUCGGUGUUAUUUGAUUGUGUAUGAUC